CAGUGAUCUUACUGCUGUGUGAUAGACGGACAGAUUUGAUGAAUUAUAGCAAAUGAAAACUCGUGAUGGCAAUUUUAACUCAAGUCACUUGUUCUGUGAUCGUAUGCCUCCCUUGCCUAAACUUGGGAGUGAUGUGGGUGUUACCAUCAUCAACUGUGGCCAACUUCUCUUCCAACUUUACCUUAUUGCACCGGCCGAUGACAGAGCUUGAAGUGGGACUAUUUGGUAGCCUGUCCUCUGCUGGGGCCAUGGUGGGCACUCCUAUAACCGCGGCACUCUUGGACAGGACAGGGAGGAAAGUCUCCACGGUCCUCGCUGGUCUCACUUGUGUGAUCUCCUGGGCCAUCUUAGCCAUAAGCAGCAGCGUUGAGAUAGUCCUCAUCGCCAUCUUCAUUGGAGGAUUGAGUGGUGCCUCCUUUCUCAUCGUACCGGUCUACUGCGGGGAGUUCUGCCAAGAGUCCAUCAGGGGAACCAUGACUGCUGGCUCAAUGGUCUUCUGUGGUGUGGGAAUGCUGAUCUCGUAUAUUUUGGGGGAUUUCUGCAGCUAUAUGAACAUGGUGUACAUAUCCCUGGCCUUGUCUGUAGCGAGUGUGGUCGUAACGGUUUUACUGAAGGAAUCACCAACUUUGCUGAUGAAAAAGGACUUACGGAGAAAGCUGCCGAGUCGAUUUCGUUCUACAGACAAGUGAAUCUUAAUUCCAAAUUGGUGGCCGACGAAAUGAGGAGCAUAGAAAAAAGUCUGGACCCUUUGGAGUCGGGUCAGCAACCAGAAGAAAAGAUGUUGUUCCCAAAUGAAGUCAAAACUACAAUCAAUGAUAUUAAACUAAAACCAUCGGAACCGAAGAAGCUUUCACUGUGGCAGUUUUAUAAAAGAUCGCAGCCAACCCGUCGUGGGUUAUACAUAGCGCUCAUGACGAUGGCGCUGACCAUCUUCCAAGGGAUCAUCGUGGUUCAGGUGUACCUCGAACCCCUAUUCCGACGAGCAGUGCCGAAUCUGUCGUCCACCGUCUGCUGUUUACUGUUCGCUGUGACUAUAGUCGUGGCCAGUUUUGC